AUGAAAAGAAAGGAAGAGGAAGAUUAUAAAAAGAAGUCGGGAAUUAAAAAAUGUUUGUGUUAUUAAAUAAAUGUAUGAUAUUAAAUUGAUAUCCUACUUAAAUAUCGGCUAUUAAACUCUAAAUAAAUUAAAAAGCAAAUAGAAUAUAAAGAUGAAUUACAAACUAGAGAUUUUAUUUAAAAUGAAAAAGCCAAAAGGAAAAUAUUUUUAAAUUCUUAAUAUAAAAAUAUUGAUAAUUAACAAUCUUUGCACAGUUUUAGAAAUGUCAAAUAAAUAGUUCCAUUUAUUAAAAAAUAUUACUUAAAAAACUAAUAUAUAAAUAAUGACUUAGAAUUAAUUAAAUUCAUAACAGAUUUUCAUGUUGAAGAUCCUUUUCAUGAUAAAUAGAUUUAAUCUAAAGUGAGAAAGUCUUUGCUUAUUUCUCCAGGGAUAGUACCACACAAUUAAAUUAAAAAAAUUCAUUAAAAAGUUUAUAAACAAUCUUACUUAAAUCCAAAAGAUGAUAUAUCAUAAAAAUCUCCAAGAUCAAUUAUUGAUUCCUGA